AUGCCGCGAUCAGCGUGCAGUCGUCGGGAUUUGCUCGGCUCUGACGGUCAGCAGCACCACGUCGGGCCAGUGGUGGUGGGUGCUACGAGCAGCUCAAGCCGUUGGCUCAAUGCAACGCUACUGUGUCUCAAGGAUGCAGGCGAGUCGGAUCCGAUGGCGGUUGAGAGAGUUGCUGCGAUGAUGGAAGCUGCCAGGGCCCGGCUUUCAACGCAAGGAUCCAGCCGCAGCAAAACUCAGAGGCGUGUCUGUUAUUGUUCUCAAUGCGCGAAGGAUGAAGGGAAAGCCGCUUCGAGAGCUUUUAUCUCAUUCGCCUGGAAGAAGGGAGAAAGAGCCCGGUUGAGGAUGCCGCAAUGUGUGCGCGUUGCUUCAGCAGCUAUCAGUCUUACUUACUCAAUGGCCGCAUCGCAAUCUCAGCGAUUUAUGGUGCUGAAGGCCGCUGAUGGCUCAGAACAUUGAAGUUUGCUCGCCCCUUGGGCCCACUUUUGUGACUUUUCUCAGCCUGCUCUACAUGUUUAUACAUGUAUUUUAC